GUCUGCGCCUGCGCGUGGGGCGGGGAGGGGGCAGCGCGCCCCCGGAGUACAUAGAAGAGGUACCUGGCGCCCUGUCGUUAUCAGGCUACCGCUCGUCCCGGUCCACGCGAGUUUCUCCGACUGCUUCUGAGCCAUGUCGUCCAGCAGUCGCGUGGCGCUGGUGACCGGCGCCAACAAGGGCAUCGGCUUCGCUGUCACCCGCGAGCUCUGCAGGCGCUUCUCUGGGGACGUGGUGCUCGGCAGCAUCCGCGCGCUGCGCGACUUCCUGCGCAGGGAGUACGGGGGGCUGGACGUGCUGGUCAACAACGCGGGCAUCGCCUUCAAGAUGGCAGAUCCCACACCCUUUCACAUUCAAGCCGAAGUAACCAUGAAAACAAACUUUUUCGGUACCCGAGAUGUCUGCACAGAGCUGCUCCCUCUGAUAAAGCCAGGAGGCAGAGUGGUGAAUGUGUCCAGCAUGAUGAGUCUCAGGGCCCUUAAAGGCUGCAGCCCAGAGCUGCAGCAGAAGUUUCGAAGUGAGACCAUCAGUGAGGAGGAGCUGGUGGGGCUCAUGAACAAGUUCGUGGAAGACACAAAGAACAAAGUGCAUGAGAAGGAAGGCUGGCCCAACAGUGCGUAUGGGGUGACCAAGAUCGGCGUCACAGUCCUGUCCAGAAUCCACGCCAGGAAACUAAAUGAGGAGAGGAGAGGGGACAGGAUCCUGCUGAACGCCUGUUGCCCAGGGUGGGUGAGAACUGACAUGGCGGGGCCCUCAGCCACCAAAAGCCCAGAAGAGGGAGCAGAGACCCCCGUGUACUUGGCCCUUCUGCCCCCCGACGCCAAAGGGCCACAUGGACAGUUUGUUCAGGAAAAAAGAGUUGAACAGUGGUGAGCUUACCUCGCAGCUGCACCCGUGGUUGCCAUCUUGUACCAUGAAAGGACAUUUACAUUGUCCGGAAUAUCCCUCCAUAACAAAGAAUAAAGAUCACCACAUCCCGGUCAAAUAUUCAGUACUAGCCUAACAGGGGUGCCCAGUGAGUGGUUACUAAUUCUGUUAUGGCUUUUGUGAUACUCCCUUUGACUCGGCAAGAAGAAAAGGGAAAUGGCUAGAAAUAGUGAGUAAAAUCUGAAUAAUUGGCUCCUUAUGAAUUCCGGUUGCUGCAGGUUGGUAUGCUGAGCCUCAUAGGUAUAAUCAGCAUUAUAGUGAGCCCACGAGAGGGGACAGUAAACUCGGAGGGAGCCAGGUAGCGUAUUUGCAGCUCUGCAGGCUGCACAGUCUGUAGCUGUGACUCGGGACUGCCGUGGUGUGAUGGGAAGUCACACCCCCAUGGCAACCCAGGAAUAGAGCUGGAUAUGAGCCAUGAGCGUCGGUUCAUCAGCCCUUUGGAAAACAACACCAUGCAGGCAAAAGCAGCUGCCUGUUUUCUUUACAAGCCUGUAGAAAACAAAGGCUGUGUGUGACAUGGGAGCGGUGUUUGUGUGGAACACUUGGCCAUUUAUGACUUUGAGAUGAAAGAAUGGCCCUUCAUCCUUCAUCCCCCUGACUGUGCAUGAAAGACCACAGGGUCUGCAGUAUUACACAAUUCAGCUAAAUGCAGGAGGUGAACACCGUAACACAGUGUUCAGAAUUGCAAAGCUUUCGUGACUGUAUGGGUGUCUGGUGAUUUUUUCUUUUUCAGCUUUUUUUUUGUGUUGAAAGUUUGUUUGGUUUUUGGCUUAGUGGGGAUUCAACCCCGAGCCUUCACGAUGACCUACAUCCCCAUGGCUUUUUCUUUUUUGUUUUUAGGCGUGGUCUCAUUAAGUUGUCCAGGCUGGCCUUGAACUUGCUAUCCUCCUGCCUCAGCUUCCCAAAGAGCUGAGAUUGUAGGCAUGUGCCACUGAGUCCAGUUUGAGGCUUUUUAAGACAUGGGAAGGCGGUAGGGCAGAGUACUCGCUCAACUUGUGUGAUAUCCUGGGUUUGAUUCAAGACCUGAGCCAAAUAAAAAGGUGGGUAGGGGAGAUAGGAAGAAGUCCCUUGCUUCCUAAGCCAGGCCACACGUCAGUCCUGGGCCUUGCACACAUUUUGUUCUUACAGUCCUGCAUUCCCUUUCUGUCCUUUGCCCUAUUGUACAUCACGGCAAACUUUAAUAUCUUUCUGCUUUGAGGAGCAUUCAAGUCAUACAAGUUCUCCUGUCACAAAGGAAUGAAAGUAGAAAUCCAAAGCAACAACAAGCUGGACAGUCCUGAGUCAGCUGAGCCGCUCUUCCAUAUCUUUGAUCAGAAACGAUGUCAAGAGGAAAUUAGCAAGCAGUUUGAACUGCCUGGAAAUUUCAACGCAACAUUGUAGGAGGUCUCUCGAGUAGUGUGGUACUUGGAGGGAAUGAUGUGCCACCUAAUGUCCCUAUCAGGAAAGAGGAAUUCUCUCAGUUCUGACCAGAUUCCACAGUAAGAUAGGACCCUAAGAGCAAAUGAAGUCCCAAAUACGCCAAAGAAAGGAGAUAAAGGUCAGGACAGAAAGGUAGAAUGAGGAGAAAGGGUAGAGUAAGACGGUGAUACAGACUUUGUGGACAUGGGAGGGGAAUCAGGAUGGAUGGAGGAGGAAGGGAGGGAGGAGAGCAGAGGGAGAAGUGCAGAGGAUCGAAAUGGAGCGCACCAGCCUCCCCUGAUGAAUGCGUUCAUUACGUAUCGCAAACAUACAGUGCACUAGUCAGGUUCGGUCUGUGAGAGGCUCGAUAAAAUGCAGCCAGUUGAGACAAGGAGUGAGGAUUCUGUGAGGCAGUAAGGACAGAGGCCUCAAAACAGUUGGGCAGCCCAAAGUGGAGUGGGCUGAGUCACCGCUCCCCAGGGAUCUUCAAAACGUGUGCCAGCUGCUCUGGGACUGUCCCCAGAACACAGUCUGGGGGUGCUGGCUCCUGUGUGUAGGAGCGUAGGUCCUGCCUGGCUCUGCGUGAGCACAGUGUAGAUCGGAGCCUAACAAAAUAGUCUCCUAUGGCGAGACAAUAGCCUGAGCCUGAGCUCCCUUCUAAACCCCUUAGAAGACUCCCCGACCCCAUGCGUAUCCUGCUCAGAACCUGCUCCUGGCCAGUGGGAGUCUACUUCCUUGCCUUUAUACCUUUUUCAUAAAUUUUCUGGUAUUCCUCCCCCUUUGUCUGUGGUUUCCCUGUUGGAAUCCCAGGGUUCCAAUAACAGACACAUCAAGAGACACAAUGUAAAAUACACAAAUUUCCAGUAUCAGGAGUGAAAGAAAUGGCAUGAUUCCAAAUUCUGUAAACACAUGUUAUGAAUAACAUGACCAUGGAUUGAACAGUUUAGGUGAGAGCGUCACAUUUUCGGGAAAGAUAACUGCACUUACCCAGGAAAAAUUAGGAAACCUCAAUAGCUCCAUGGUUUUAACAGGAUGUUUUAAACAAUCUUUAGGAAGAUAAGGAAUAUUGGUCAGGGCACAAUGACAACACCUUAGCUGUUGACAUAACUCAGUACAGAAGGUAGCGUUGGGAGGACAGAAGCACAGAAAGUUGGGCCAGCUCCAGUGGGGAAACGCUUACCUAGGAUGACUGGUCAGUUCUUUACAAAUCUCAAGCUACUAAUGACAGCUACUCAGAUUAAAUUCAUUUGUACAGCACUGAAGAAUGUGGGUGGAGGAGCUCAAUUGCCCUCGGGCACCUGGACGCACCUCUGGGAGUUCCUUUCCAGAGAUCUGUUGUAUGGAUUCACAACUCUCACUCAGCAGUAUGACCUUGGGGGAAAAUGUAGUCCUUGGCAAACACACAAUAAAUAUUCAUAAACCUU